AUGCUUGAAACAUUAUCUUUCCACUCCAAUUAUAUCGUACCACACGUGUAACCCUCAUAAGCCUCAAUUUAUAAUACGCACACGAGCGCCUUUUAUCAAACGCCGCCACUCCUGCCGCCACUACCGACUCUGACCAAACUCCUUUCACCACGCCUCAAUACAUACAAAUAAUUUAAAAAAGACAUGUCAGUCCUUUCAUUCACACCGCUUCACCCUAUUACCCUCCACUCCCAUGCGCACUUUAGCCCCUCCCCUUUUCCCAUGUCCAUCCUACGCCGCUUCAAUCUAAAUUUCACCAACCACCGUCUCCGUCGCCGAUUCGCAACCGUAUCCGCUGCCGUACGUCAGGACACCACAGUCUGGACUCCGGCUCCUCUUUCCGAGAUUGAACCAGCCGCAGAGUCGCUAUUCCACGUGACCAUCGACGUUUCCGACGCGCCAGAUCUUGCCACAUCGCACACACGCGCCGGGCAGUAUCUUCAGCUUAAAGUCGCAAACUCGCCAAAACCGUCGUUUUUGGCAAUUGCAUCGCCGCCGAAGCUCGCGAUUUCGCGCGGAGUGUUCGAGUUUCUGGUGAAGAGUGUGGCGGGGUCCACUGCAGAAGCGUUGUGUGCGUUGAAGAAAGGUGAUGUGGUUGAAAUCACUCAGGCUAUGGGAAAUGGGUUUGAUAUCAGUCGGAUCGACCCGCCCGAGAAAUUUGGAACUGUUCUUGUUUUCGCCACUGGAUCCGGAAUUAGUCCAAUUCGGUCACUUAUUGAGUCAGGAUUUGGUGCUGGCAAGAGGUCUGAUGUGAGAGUAUAUUAUGGGGCCAGAAACCUUCAGAGAAUGGCUUAUCAGGAUAGAUUUAAAGACUGGGAAUCUUCCGGUGUAAAGAUUGUGCCUGUAUUGUCUCAACCAGAUGAUACUUGGACCGGAGAAAGUGGCUUUGUACAGGCUGCAUUUAAGAGAGCAAAAGAAAUAUCUAACCCAUUGUCAACUGGUGCUGUACUAUGUGGACAAAAAGAGAUGGCUGAGGAGGUUACAUCUAUUCUUGUUGCUGAUGGAGUAUCAGCUGAGAAGAUACUAAAGAACUUUUGAUCAAAAUGGAAUUUUGGCAUUGUUGUAUCAUUAUUUAAAUUAAAUUAUAGUUAUUUGUUUGCCGCCAUUACUGAGGAUGAAGCAUCUCAGCAUGGAAUAAUGAAUGGCCAACAAUUUUGAAAUAUAGUCUAUGUAUUAGAAACUACUUUUGCAGUUCAAAUAUACGACAGAAACCCACGUCUUAUAAAAAAAAGAAAAGGUGAAGGUUCUAUCUGCUGAA